GAAUCAGUACAGUAAUGCACGUUGAUUCGUUCAUAUCAAUUUAUAAAAAUAGAUAAGAGUAUUGAAGGUUCAAUGCGGCUUGAAAUUACAGAAUAUUGUUCUGGUAACAUUCCAAAAACAAACUCGUUCAUGUGUCGUGUGAUGAUGAACUUGUGAACCGGCGUUGCUGUUGGCGUUUUGUACGAUUUAGGUUUUUUUGUGUUGGUUCUUUGUUCGUAUUAUUUUGCAAAUGAAAUAACCAAUAUAUUUCUGUGUGAGUUUUAUUAGAGUUUUGUUUGUCGUAGUGUAGUUCGUUAAAUAAAGAACAAUGAUAAAAAACGAUAUGAACAUGGAGAAUGGCGGCGGCGACGCUAAUUCCAAUGUGUCACCCACCAAACUUAUGGUAAACUAUAUUCCAGAAUUGAUGACGCGAGAUAUGAUGUAUGCCCUCUUCUCCGCCAUGGGUAAAAUAGAAAGCUGUAAAUUAAUAGCAAAUAGAGGAUACGGAUUCGUAGAGUACGAGAAACACGAGGACGCCGAGAAGGCGCGAGCCGCAUUCAACGGCCUGUUGAUGCAGGGCAAGACAUUAAAGGUGUCCUUCGCGCUUCUGAACCCCGAGAACAAGGUCAGCCACAAACCGGACACAGAGUCGAAUCUUUAUAUAAGUAAUCUACCUCCAGACAUGACACUAGAGCGGUUAAACAUGUUAUUCGGUCAGUUCGGAAACAUAACUAACAGUCGGGUGUCACAAGGUAUCGGAUUCGUGUGCUACGAGACGCGGCAGCAGGCUGAGGACGCGAUAACGCACAUGAACGGUCAGUCACCGAUUCCUGGCGCGGGCGCCAUCGUGGUGAAGUUCGCCAACAAACCCAGCGCCAACAAGAACGCCCCGCGGCCCAUUCAGAGGGUUGGCGUGAGCGCGGCGCCGCUGGCCUACAACGGGGCGGCGGCCGUGUUCAACGGUUCCACGCCGGCCUUCAACGGCACCAACCUGAGCGCGUUCGGAGCGCGGCCCGCCACCGCGUUCGCACCCGGCUUCCCGCAGGCGUCGCCGCCGCCUCUGCUGCCGUCCCCGGGUAAGGCACUGCCCUUCAUCAACAAGGGCCAGCAGCGCUUCAACCCCAUGGCUGCCACUAACCACAGUCCGUUACCGUUGUUAGGCGCCCCGGCCAGUCCGGUGCCGCUGCUGGGCGCCCCGGCCGCCCCUCAGACCACGGUGUACGUUUACAACGUGGGCGAGGAUACCGAGGAACUGGCGCUCUGGCAACUGUUCGGUCCCUACGGUGCCAUAGACUCCAUUAAAGUGAUCAAGGAUCCCGAGACGAAGAAAAAUAAGGGGUUCGCGUUCGUUAACAUGCGGGAGUACGACGAGGCCGCUAUGGCCAUCCAAGCUCUGAACGGAUACACGCUCAACGGCCAGGUCCUCUCGGUUAGCUUUAAGACUCAGAAGAGAAGUAAUUAGUCGACGGUCGUUUCGAACGCCGUCUGGUUUGUGAUCGUCCCGGGGCCGAAAGUUUUCAUUCCAAACUCUAAAAUAUUUUUGUAGUCGAGACGCGAGAUCCUCUAUGUGCAUUUCAGAUUAGUCGCAUAAGUAUUUUUGUAAGAUUUAAUAUAGUUUUAUACCGGCGAGAGCACGACAUGACUACCAGUGAGUUGAGUUGCUUAACGAUAUAUCCUAUAUGUGUACUUUUAUCGUAUGAUAUGGUAUUAUAUAUUACUGUUAGUAUGUAUGUGUCGGUGGCGCGGGGCCCGCCUGCCAGCCCCACAGUCGCCUCCCUCCUCCAGGUAUUUUUAUUUUGUGUAAACAACCAUUGUAUGUUUUGAAUCUUUAAUAAAUUUCAUGUUUAAAUAGA